UUUUCGUCCUCUAAUAGCCGGAAGCAGAAGGAGGCGGUGGUGGCGUCUGACACGGGAAGCUUCGGUACUUUCCGACGGAAUUGCGAAACGAUUCCACCACAUAAAACCAGAGGCUCUGACCACCUCUGAAUUUAUUAAAAUAUUUUUAAUUUGGUUUUUGCAAUUCAAUUAUGGAGGCUUAAACACCCACAAAAGUGAUGUCCGACAUGGGGGGAGGGGUUUGAGAAUAGUCCUUGAUCUUUUUGUGUGUGUGUGUGAUGUUUGAGGCGUUUGUUUAACAUAUAAUGUUUGUACGCAUAUUCACAUACAGUAUGUUUAAGUUUAAAUGGUUAGAUAAUGUGUUAGACAUGUCUUUGCUACAUUUACAAGAUCGUGAAGUGUACACGGAUCCUGGAUGAUCCAACCAAAGCAUGAUGCCAGGAUUAGUUUUCAGGAUGUAUUUUAAGCAUACCAAUUAAAGCAGUUUGUCCUUUUUUUGCUGCACAGGAUGUGUUUUGUUUGACUGUAGCUGAAAUAGAACUAUUGAUGUUUCUGUUCAGCGGUUGUUCACUCUGUAAUGUACAGGUAACAUGGACGCAAGGGGUAAAGUUUAUAUUCGGGUAUUAUGAUUCUUGAGAAAAAAAGGGUGACAGCUAUGUGACAAGGGUGGUUGCUGAGCUGGUAGUUUUGUUUCUUCUGCAUAAGAGCUCUUAAGUUUCAUAAUCAUUUAAGCCUUGCUUUCUUUCUUACUGUCUUGAGCUGACUCAAACCUCGCUGUUCUUCUGUCCUUUUAUCUAUUUGUCUAUUUUCCGUUUCAGUGUCACUGAUUGUGUCUGUAUGAGAGAGCGAUACCUUGGGUUUUCUCAAACCCCUCUCCCUUUAAAGGACAUUGCUUUUACUUUAAAAUAUUCUACUUAAAUCCAAAAAUGGAAACUCUUGUUCAACUCAAAAACAACCAGUUCUUGAUGGGGCUUUGUCGCAAUGGGCCACCACCUGACCUACAAUAUGAUAACUCCUCAGAGCUUUUCCGCAUCUCCACCUUUGCUCGUUUCCCGACUUCGGUUGUCACAGAGCGAAGUCUGGCGAGAGCGGGCUGGUUCUACACCGGCGUUGGCGACCGUGUGCAGUGUUUCAGGUGUAACGUGACGGCAGAGGGAUGGCAGACCGGGGACUGUCCAACAGAGAAACACAGACAGCUUUCUCCUUCCUGCUCCUUCAUCCAGAGCCUCCCGUCGACAGCCAACCUGCUGUCCUCCUCUCACUCUGCCUUCUCCCCACUCCGCAUUGCUCCAGCCAUACCACUUGCUGGUCCAGGCCCGGCUGCUCCUAACCCAUCAGUAAGCCAAGGUGAAGAGCCAGCUGGCUACCUAAAUAUGGCCUUCUCUGCUCCACCACCCUCCAGCCCACUGACUUCUCGUGGUGUAGAGGACAUGUCCCACCAGAGACCGACGUGUCACAACCCCAGCAUGCGCAGAGAGCAAGACCGCCUGGACUCCUUCCACUCCUGGUCACUCACCAUCAUCACCCCUGCAGAGCUCGCCAAGGCAGGCUUCUACUACCUGGGGCAGGGCGACCGAGUGGCCUGCUUCAGCUGCGGAGGACAGCUGAGUAACUGGGAGCCAGGUGACAGAGCCGUAUCCGAACACCAGAGGCAUUAUCCAAACUGCCGUUUUGUCCGAGGGGACAGAGCUGACAACGUGUCGCUGGCUGGUGCUGCAGCAACUGCAUCAUUAGCGGUAACUUCCCAGCUGUCUUCAGGAGCCCCGGUCCUCAGCAAUGUGUCCAACCCUGGCAUGCAACAGAGCGAAGAACGGCUGCUCACCUUUGUCAACUGGCCAUCUCGUAUCCCCGUUCGGCCCGACCAGCUGGCUAAAGCCGGCUUCUACUACGUAGGUCGUAAUGAUGAUGUCAAGUGUUUCUGCUGUGAUGGAGGCCUUCGAUGCUGGGAGUCCGGAGAUGACCCAUGGGUGGAGCAUGCUAAGUGGUUUCCUCGGUGUGAAUAUUUGCUCCAGGAGAAGGGACAAGAGUUUGUUCACCAAAUCCAGGCUCGUUUUCCUCGACUGUUUGAGCAGCUGUUAAAUAAUGGAGACAGCAACUCCAGAGAGUUUGUGGAUCCACCAGUGGUUCAUCUCGGCCCAGGAGAGGAGCGGUCCGAGGAUGCCGUUAUGAUGAACACCCCUGUGAUUAAGUCAGCUUUAGAGAUGGGCUUUGAGCGCAGUCUGGUCAAGCAAACGGUCCAGAGCAAGAUCCUGACCAGUGGAGAGAACUACAGAACAGUUCAGGAGCUGGUCUCAGACCUGCUGAGUGCAGAAGAUCAGAAAAGAGAAGAGGAGCGAGAGAUGCUGGCAGAGGCGAUGGCAUCAGAUGGUUUCACCUUCGUAAAGAGACACCAGGCAGCGUUGAUCCAACGUCUGAAGAGUGUCGAGCCAGUGUUGGAGCAUUUAAGAGAGCAAAAUGUGUUGUCUGCUGAGGAGUACAGCGGACUUCAGGCUCAGACGUCAGCCCAGCAGCAAACCGCCAGGCUGAUAGAGCUCGUCUUGACCAAAGGAAACGCUGCAGCCGAAGUUUUCCGCAAUUGGAUCCAGAAAAACGAUGUCCACCUGCUCAGAGAUCUCAUGGCGCAGUCAAACGAAGCUGCAUCACCAAGCCAAGAUCUUUCAGACCUCCCGAUGGAGGAGCAGCUGCGGCGAUUGCAGGAGGAGCGUACUUGUAAGGUGUGUAUGGACAAAGAGGUCAACAUCGUUUUCAUCCCAUGUGGACACCUGGUGGUGUGCAAAGAGUGUGCGCCGUCACUGAGAAAGUGUCCGAUCUGCAGAGGCCUGGUUAAAGGCACAGUUCGAACCUUCCUCUCAUAACCACAAAGCUGUCCCACAGUUUUAUGUAUAACAGCAGUGUGAUGGAGUGUAAGCAAUAUGAUAAUAAUUUAUAUUUUUUGAUUAUCUUUAUACACCUUUAUUCAUCUAAUAUGUGACUUGUCUGUGUUAAGUUUAAGAGACAGUGAAGAUAUUGCCAAAUUGAUGUCAUUUAUGUAAAUAUCCAGAUAAAUGUCUAAACGGGAUUUAAAGUAAUUUGUCAUUUUUAGUACAAGCUUUCAGACUUCAUAUCCUUUAAUGGGUGUAUCUUCAUGGGUGUAUUUUCAUGUUAUUGUAUAUCACACAAAUUGGAAAAUAAUCUAGCUACUGUGCAAUGAUUCGUCCAUAUUUGGAUAAAACUUCAAAUAACGUACUUGUAUUGUAACAUGAUUACUAAAGUCUAUGACAUUGCGUAUCGCAAAACCCUAAUGGUAGUCUGUUGCUUUUGUAAUGUAUAGGGAAUAAUAAAAUAAGGUUUAAGUCUAAUAAAACAGCUUGCAAAAUAUAUUUUUUGAAGGUUUUAAGCUUGUUAAAAUGCCACAUGUCAGAUUUUCAUUUUGAACUGAGUUGAGACUUAGACAUAAAGAGGAAUGGUUAACUGUGACCCAAAGUGUUGAUUCAUCCAAAGUUACCAAUAUGUAAACUUGACAGUCUUAUUUAAAGCAGAAAAAUACUUCUGUAAUGAAGAUCCAGUAAUGAAGGAAUCCAAAAAACUUUACAUGAACACCACCAUCUAGAGCAAAUUAAUGAAGGUGAAGGGGGUCUAUUAUGUUUGUGAACUUUGCCAACUUAUAGUGACUGCUACACUUCAGAUUUUGGUACCAGUGUGUCAAACUUGGAAGUUUGUUUUACUGUGAGGUCAAAACUUAAGUCACUUUGAAUGUAAAUGCGUAUUUAAAUUGUUCUGUAUGAAUAGCCAACAGUCAAAAUGUAAAUGGCUACUGCAAUGUAACUACAGACAGACGCCAUUUGUUUAGAUCAUAUUCUGUUCAGUAAAAAUUAAAGUCUUCAUAAAGUUAA